AUGUCCAAAGGGCUCUCUGCAAUUCUCACCAAGGCCCCCUCCGACGUCGUCAUCCUCUCCUCUCUCCGCACGCCGGUAACUCGCUCUUACAAGGGCGGUCUCAAGGAUGCCUACCCCGAGGAGCUGCUCUCCGUCGUCCUCAAGGCCACCCGCGAGGCUGUUCCCGAAAUGGACCCGGCCGUAGUCGAGGACGUCGGCGUGGGCGUCGUGCUCUCUGAGCUGGGUGGCUCCAAGGCAGCGCGCAUGGCGCUCAAUCACGCAGGGUACCCCAACUCGACGAGCCUCUUCACGGCGAAUCGUGCCUGCGCGUCGUCGCUGCAGAGCAUCUCGCUGGUGGCGGCGCAGAUCCGCACGGGCAUCAUGGACGUGGGCAUCGGCGCCGGGAUGGAGAGCAUGACGAGGAAUUACGGAAGUCGGGCCGUGCCGGUGGACGUGUGGCCCGAGCUGCGGGACUCGCCGAACAAGCAUGUCCGGGAUUGUGUCAUGCCGAUGGGCAUCACGUCGGAGAAUGUGGCCGAGCGGUAUGGCGUGGGGAGGGAGAUUCAGGACCAGGUGGCGGCGGCGUCGCAUGAGAGGGCGGCGAGGGCGAGGGACAGUGGCUGGUUUGAUUCGCAGAUUGUGCCAGUGACGACGCGGUUCCAGGAGGUGGACAAGCAGGGCCAGCCGGUGGGCGAGCAGAAGACGAUUACCGUGACCCGCGAUGAUGGCAUCAGAGAUGGCGUGACGGCCGAGUCGCUGGCCAAGCUGAAGCCGGCGUUUAAGCCGGACGGAAAGUCCACGGCGGGCAACUCGAGCCAGAUUUCAGACGGAGCGGCGGCCACGCUGCUGAUGAAGCGCAGCACGGCCACAGAGCUGGGCCUCGGCUCGCACAUCAUGGGCAAGUUCGUCGGGGCGACGACCAUUGGCUGCGAUCCGGACGAGAUGGGCGUGGGUCCCGCGAUCGCCAUCCCGAAGCUGCUGAACGGCUUGGGCCUGAAGACGGAGGACGUGGACCGGUGGGAACUGAACGAGGCGUUUGCGAGCCAGUUUGUCUACUGCCUGCGCAAGCUGGGGCUGAUGGAGGCGUGGGAAAAGGGCCGCGUGAAUCCGGAUGGAGGGGCGAUUGCGCUGGGACAUCCGCUGGGGGCCACAGGGGCGAGGAUGACUAGCACGCUGAUGCAUGGGCUGAGGAGGGAUGGGGGGGAGGUUGGUGUUGUGAGCAUGUGUAUUGGGACGGGGAUGGGCAUGGCUGGGUUGUUUGUGCGGGAGUGA